AAAAUUAAUGUCAUUGAAAUGUCAUGAUCGUCAAAAGAUUUUGAGCAUAGAGCAAAAUGCGGGCCUAACAAAAGAAUAAAAGAUUUUUACAUAGCUCUGAUUUAUCACUUGAAACAAUCACCCCAGAGGGACAUGAAAACAUUUACUUACCAAUGGAUAUUCAAACUCCGACUUAAGCAGAUGGUUUAAGUUAUGAGGAUGAAUAGGCUCUUAGGAUGCACGGUGCUUAAAUUUGUUUCCAAGCCUGCAAUCACUUAAAAUUACCAUUAACAACAGCCAUUACAAGCUUAGUAAUAUUUCAUAGAUUUUUUGCUAAGAAUUCUUUCGUGGAUUUUGAUUACCGCGAAAUUUCAAUGGCUUCAUUGUAUUUGGCAGGCAAGGUUGAAGAAACAUUACUGAAAACAUGGUAUAUAGCAGGUGCAUUUAGCUCUGUGUUUCAAAAACAAAAAUAAGCUCCAUUGGACAUCAUAAUUAAAUAAGAAAAACUAAUUCUUAAGGAACUCGGAUUUGAAUUAUUUAAAGUUUCAGAUCAUCCGCAUAAGUUCAUAGAAUCAUUUUAUCAUUUUAUUAAGGUCGAUAAGCAGGUAGCUCAAAAAGCUUGGUAUUACUUGAACGAUUCAUACAUGACUGAUUUAUGCGUACAUUUUCCACCUUAAGUUAUUGCAGCAGGAGCUUUGUAUUUAGCAUUGAGGGUCUGUAAUCAUCCCAUGCCCACUUAACCAUGGUGGAUUCUAUUAGAAGCUACUUUGGCAUAAAUAGAGUAAGUAGCUGCCACCAUAUAUAAUAUUUAUGAAUUCGAAAAGAUGGAUUUUAGACAAGCAAGAAGAAUCUUAGCAAAAGCCAAUAGAGUAGCUUAUGUAAUUUAACAUAGCGAAAUCUAUGGCAUGCCUGAAAAGAUUGAAAGACCUUUAGAAACAAAAAAAUAGAAUUCUAUUUAACCAUCCUAAUAGUAAUCUUAAUAGCCUUAAUUAUAAAUUCAAUAAGAGCAAACCCAAAAUAAUAAAGAUAAAUAAGAGCCAUCACCUAAUAACAAAGAAAAAAAAAGUAUUAAAAAAAAAAGCAAGGAUAAAAAAAAUAAAUCUGAAAAGAAGAAAAACAAGGAUAAGGAUAAAGAGAAAGAAAAGAAAAAAGAAGAUAAAAAAAAGAAAAAAAGUCGAUUCCAGAAGCAAAUCUAAUUGAUAAAAAAUUAUCAAAAAAGUAAAAAAAGAAAGAAAAAGGAGAAAGAAAAAGAAAGAGAGAGAGAAAGGGAGAGAGAGAGAGAAAGAGAUAAAGAAAGAGAGAAAGAAAAUGAGAAAGAGAAAGAUAAAGAAAUAAAAGAAAACAAUAAAGAGAAAGAUAUCUAAAAAAAUGAUUAAGAGAAACCAUCAGUAGAUCAAAAUUCAAAAAAAGAUUAAGAUCAAUAAUUAGAUAGAGGUAUGAUUAAAUCCAAUAUGGAGAUUGAGAAUGAAAUUGAACAAACUAAAAUCAACAACAAUAACUAGUAAUAAAAUUAAAAAGGUAACGAAUAAAUUAGAGAUGACAAUAUCCACCAAAAUUCACUGGCAAAUCAGGAGUCUUAGUUUUAGGCAUAACAAACUAAUCAAGAUGAUUAGUAGCAAAAUAUUGUACCUAUAGAUGACUAAUCGAAAGUGUAAUUGCCUUUAUAGAGUAAAUAGGAUUUCAUUGCUCAAAUGAAAGCUUUACUAAAAACCUAAUAACUACAGAAAAUUGAUGAUGUUGAAAAGAAGGAUAAAGAAGUUGAGAUCAAUUAAAUAGAAAAACAAUCUCCAAACGAAUAGGAUUCAGAGGAGGAUCAAUAACUUAAUGCAAUUAAAUUAAAAAGUAAAUUUAUUUUUUAAUGA